UCUGUUGUCAGUUCCCGAGGUGGGUGGAUCAAGACAGAACAACCACAAUACAGAAUUCAUCGUAUUGGGUACGCGGUGCGUACGUGCGUCUGGAACAUUACAAUGGAACAUUUGCGACGAGUCAAUCAUUGCAGCAAAUCGGCUUUGUUCCAAAUACUUCGUUUUUUGUCAGCGGAAACGACGGCUGUCAAAGAAUUUAACGAAAUCCCAGGACCAACAUCUCUGCCUCUGGUCGGCACCCUUUACCAAUAUUUACCUGUAUUCGGUAAGUACAAAUUUGACCGAUUACAUCACAAUGGGUUGGCGAAACUCCGUCAGUACGGACCAGUUGUCCGGGAAGAUAUUGUGUCCGGCGUGUCCAUAGUGUGGAUAUUCAAACCAGAAGACAUCGAGACGCUUUACCGGAAAGAAGGCAGGUACCCAGAGAGACGUAGUCAUUUGGCAUUACAAAAGUACAGAUUGAGCAAACCAGAUGUGUACAACACUGGAGGACUUUUGCCCACAAAUGGCUCGGAUUGGUGGAGACUUAGAAAGGCGUUCCAAAAACAUUUGAGUAAGGUCCAAUGCAUCAAACGGUACGUGGAUAGUACGAACACAGUAGUCGGAGAAUUUAUAGAUCGAAGAAUAAAACGCGCAGAACGCAGAGACGAUUUCGGCCCCGAACUAUCCAGGCUCUUCCUAGAACUGACGUACUAUAUCGCCUUCGACGAGCGACUACAGCGGUUCAAAAACGAAGAAUGGAACUCAGAUUCGGAGUGUUCGAAACUGAUCAAGGCGGCUCAUGACAUAAACAGUGCGAUAAUGAAGACUGAUAAUGGACCACAACUAUGGAGGAAGUUUGACACCCCCAUGUACAAAAGUAUACGAAAAGGACACGAACAAAUUGAAAAAAUUGCACUUAAAGUUGUAAAUGAAAAAUUAAUCAGUAUUAAAUCGACAGACUCCGCAUCAUUGUUGGGAGAAUACUUGAGCUCAGGCGACACGGACUUCAAAGACGUAAUUGGAAUGACUGUGGACACUUUGUUAGCUGGAAUCGACACGGCGACGUAUUCGUGUUGUUUCGGACUGUACCAUUUGUCGUCGAACCCGGACGUUAGGGAGAAAAUGUUCGACGAGGCGCGGGCCCUGCUACCAGACAACCACACACCAGUCACCGAUAAGGUGUUAGAGCGGGCCGUGUACGCGAAAGCGGUCGUCAAGGAGAUGUUCCGGAUGAAUCCGAUAUCGGUGGGCGUCGGCCGGAUACUGCCCGAGGAAUGCGUGUUUUCCGGGUACAGAGUCCCGGCAGGAACGGUCGUCGUCACGCAAAACCAGGUGAGCUGCCGUCUGGAAGAAUACUUCCGGCGACCCAACGAAUUUGUGCCAGAGAGAUGGCUAAAGGACACUGCCGAAUACGAGCCGGUCAGUCCGUAUUUGGUCUUACCUUUCGGCCACGGACCUAGGACGUGCAUAGCGAGACGUUUGUCUGAACAAUUCCUACAGGUCGUGCUUAUAAAAAUCGUCAGAAACUUUGAGAUGACAUGGACGGGACCAAAGUUGGACAGUAAAUCAUUAUUGAUAAACAAACCGGACGGACCGAUAUCUAUAAUAUUCAAGACCAGAGACUGAACAAUAUAAUAUUUCAAUUGUAAUCCCUUCACUUGGUAUAAAAACAAAUACAUACCAUUCCAACGAAUUAUAAUUUAUAUAAGAUGUAUUUUGAUAUUAUAAUGCAGCUCGAAAACGUUUUGGAAGAAAAUUAUUGUAUUUUACUGCAACAGGCGUUUGUGGAUAUUAUUACAUUAAAACCUAUUGUUUAGUUAUGCACUUAUGCAUGUACUCACAGGGCUUGGAACCGGGUAUAAUCUAAUAUCGGUUUUUUUUUUAAUUUUCUUACAUACCGUAAUCAAAAUCAAAACUUUAAAAAAACCAUUACCAUAACACAAACCGUUGAAAUGAAUAUUGGUUUCAAGCGUUGGCUCUUCGUGGCUUAAAUUUGAGCCUAAAGUAAAUCGUAUCUGAAGUUAUUUGCCAUGCAACAAAUGGAAGAUAAAUUGUUUAAUCAUCUGGAAGUCUCAACUAAUUUUAGAUAUAUAAUUUAAAAACAUACUAUUUUUUUAGAAAAGUUUUAAUAAAACGUAUAAUGAAUAUAAUUAAAUCAAAAUAUUUUUUAAAAAAAUUACUUAUGAGUACUACUGAUAUUGGAUACUUUUAUAGUUUAUUUAAUUAAUUAAUUUUUUUUUUCAAAAAUACCUAUAUACCGUUUUGAUAUUAAAUUAUUAUCAAGAUGCAUUGAUUUAAAAUUAUUCAUUUCGUAUAAGAAAAUUUGAAAAUUCGAUAUUAUAUAUACGUAGAUAAGUGUUAUUGACGUAUAUUAUAAUGUACGAGAGCGGUACUGAACUUUUGUGUAAAAAAUAUUUAUGAUACCCAAGAUAAAACAAAUUAUUUAUGCUACAUUUUUAAAAUAAAGUUAAAAGUGAACUGUGGGGGUUAUAUCACAUAUACCCACCUUAGAGUAUUGACUAACGGUAUGUCGGUACACAAUUUAUUGCUUUCAAGACCAAUAUCUAGUACAACAUUAUUAAUAAUAAUAUUAUAUACAUAUUGUGUUUGUCAAGUAAAAUUGUUUAAGCAAAAAUGUUUUAAAAAGUUUUUCCUUUCAACUUAACCAUUAUCUAUAAGUCUUUCUAAAAUAAAAUAAUAUAUUAUUAUUUUAUUAAUUUAUUGGUGACCUAUACACAAAGUUUAAAUACAACAUUAUUUGUGACUUAAUAUUUAGUCGCUAAGAUCGGGUUGAGAAACGUUAGGAUAAUAGUUAAACAUCUGAAAUCGACAUUUUAUCAAAAAAUCAAGAAGUAGAUCUUAAUUAAAUUAAUCCAUAGUAAUGUUAUGUAACCCGCGAGUAAAAUGUGUAACUUAUAUAAAAAUCAUGAACUAAGAUAGUAUAUGGACUAGAAACUGCGGAUUAAAACGUUGUUUGUUUGUAGUAUGUAGGUUUAUGAGUUUAUGACCUUAAAUAAAUUGAAUUGGGUAUGACUAUAAUUGACUAUACAUUUUUGUUUAAAACAAAAUAUUAAGGUAUAUUUAAAUUGUGGCCUGUGAAAAAUGUAUAUUUAUUUUUUGGCCCUUGACAUAAAUCCCCUGAUUUAAAUAAACAAAAAAAUAUUUGAUUCUCGUGAGCCAACAAAUCCCUAAGUGGGCCACUCUUUAAAAUGCAAAAUUUAAAAAUUUGACUUUGAGGUGCACAUGCUUGGGUAUAUAGGAUUUUCUGUGUACCAAAUAUCAUUACCACGAGUGCUAUAGACUUGGGUAUGGAUCGCUUACACGCACACGCACACUCAAACAUUACCUUUUAUUAAUUAUAGAUAGGUAGCCAGAUAGAACAUUUAUCAAUUCAUCCUAAAAUUAAAAAUAAUAUCCUUACGAUUAAGUAUUAACCAUCCAAUUUUACAAUGUAACAAUU